UGUGGUGGAUUUGUCAAGGGCGCAAGGCAGUGCGCAUCCUCUGAUCCGUUUCCACUCUUUGCUUCCCUCUCUUUUGUCGCCUCUGUGCCGCCUUGUCGCCCGCCGGCACCCCUCCUCUCCUCCUACCAGCGCCUCCGGGAUGGAGCUCCGCCUCUGCCUCCGCCUCCACGCGCGGCUCCCUUCCGCCCCGAAACGCUCGCGUCUUCCUUCCCCCGCGAUGGUACUGCUGCCCGCGUCUGGCCGCCUUCGGAUUGGUUGGAGCUGCGGGGAUGCUCCGCGGCGGAUUCCGAAUUCGGCCAUCUUCGCCGUCAGAGCGGACGGCGCGCAGGGUGAUGCUGUGAAGGAGAGGAGCGUCUCGGUGAUCCUCUUGUCCGGAGGGCAAGGGAAGAGAAUGGGGGCCAAUAUGCCUAAGCAGUAUAUACCAUUACUGGGAACACCAAUUGCUCUCCACAGUUUAAGGACAUUCUGUCGAAUGAAGGAAGUGAAAGAAGUUAUAGUGGUGUGUGAUCCAUCCUACAGAAAUGUAUUUGAAGAUUCUAUUGAGAACUUGCAAAUACCUAUUAAGUUUGCAUGCCCGGGAAAAGAGAGACAAGACUCUGUUUUUAAUGGACUUCAGGAAAUUGAUAGAGAUUCAGAACUUGUUUGUGUCCAUGAUUCAGCAAGGCCCUUGGUUUCCUCUAAAGAUGUCAAAAAGGUCUUAGAAGAUGCUGCAGUUCAUGGAGCAGCUGUUCUUGGUGUGCCUGUCAAAGCUACUAUAAAGGAGGCAAGCAGCGAUUCUUUUGUCGUAAAAACCCUUGAUAGGAAGACCCUCUGGGAAAUGCAAACCCCACAGGUGAUGGAGCCCAAUUUACUCAAAGAUGGUUUUGAUCUUGUUAAAAGGGAUGGCCUUGAAGUCACAGACGAUGUUUCAAUUGUAGAGUACUUGAAACAUCCCGUUUAUAUAACUGAGGGCUCUUAUACAAAUAUUAAGGUGACAACUCCUGAUGACUUGCUCCUAGCCGAGCGCUUGAUGAAUGAGGAAUAGAGCCGAUAGUAAUUUUUUUUGCUUUAUUUUAGAGGCACCUGUAUGAAUAUGUCAGUACAAAAUUCCUCCGCAAUUCCACAGUUUUGGAAACUAGAGUAAACAUGUAGCUGGUACACGGAACAGAUAACCUGUAUGUAACAUUCUUUCUGUGCCAAUGAAAAUCUGGAUGCAACUGUCA